AUGGGGGACUGGAAUUUCCUUGGAGGCAUUCUGGAGGAAGUUCACAUCCACUCUACCAUGAUUGGAAAGAUCUGGCUCACCAUCCUGUUCGUAUUUCGAAUGCUUGUUCUGGGUGUAGCAGCUGAAGAUGUCUGGAAUGAUGAGCAAUCUGGCUUCGUCUGUAAUACAGAACAACCCGGCUGCAGAAAUGUAUGCUAUGACCAGGCCUUUCCUAUCUCCCUCAUUAGAUACUGGGUUUUGCAGGUGCUGUUUGUGUCUUCACCAUCCUUGGUCUACGUGGGCCAUGCUUUGUACCGACUGAGAGUUCUGGAGAAAGAGAGACAGAGGAAGAAAGCUCAAUUGAGAGGAGAACUGGAGGGGAUCGAGUGUGAAAUGCCUGGGGACCGGAGGAGACUGGAGCAAGAACUUUGUCAGCUGGAGCAAAGGAAACUAAACAAAGCUCCGCUUAGAGGAACGUUGCUUUGCACUUAUGUGAUACACAUUUUCACUCGCUCUGUGGUUGAAGUCGGAUUCAUGAUUGGACAGUAUCUUUUAUAUGGAUUUCAUUUAGAUCCUCUGUUUAAAUGCCAUGGCCACCCAUGUCCAAAUAUAAUUGAUUGUUUUGUCUCAAGACCCACAGAGAAGACAAUAUUCCUAUUAUUUAUGCAAUCCAUAGCCACCGUUUCACUUUUCUUAAAUGUUCUAGAAAUUUUCCACCUAGGUUUUAAAAAGAUUAAAAGAGGGCUUUUGGGACAAUAUAAAUUGAACGAUGAGCAUAACAAAUUCUAUGUGAACAAGUCAAAACAAAAUCUUGCCAAAUAUCAAAAUACAUCUGCAAAUUCACUGAAGAAACUCUCUUCUGCAACUGAUUGUAAUCUGCUAGUGGAAAAGCAAAUGCACAUAGCAGUGCACCCUAGUUUAAAUGCAUCUGCAUUUCAAGCGGAUCCUGACAAUCACAGUGGAAAUGAUGAGAAAUGCAUUUUGGAUGAACAGGAAACUGUAUUUUCUAAAGAUAUGUGCACAUUUAGUACUACCUGUAGUCAUCUUCAACACAUCGGCUCAAGUAAUAAAGAAGACACUCAUAAAAUAUUUGGAAAAGAAGUUAAUGGUAACCAGUUAAGGGAAAAAAAAGAAACUGACGGCAAAGACAGCAAAAGAAACCACUACUCUAAAGGUCACUGUUCUAUUCCAGGUGUUGCUAUAGAUCUGGACAACCACGUGGGGCAGUCAUCCCAAACAGCUUUCUCUCCGCCACCUAACUGCACCUGGAAACCCAGGUGGCUUCGUGCUACAUGGGGUCCCUCUACAGAAGAUGAAAAACAGAUGUCACCUCCUAAAGGUAACCUCAGGGGCCAGUUCAGAGAGAGCACAAUCAGAACCAUUCCUCCUUCACAGGGUGACUUCCAACCACCUGACAUUCCAGACACUCCUGAUUCUUUGGGAGAGUUGUCCUUUGAAUCCAAGUCGGUCAGAACCUGCAAUAAUCCUACUGCUUGUCCUCCAAAUCAUUUAGUGUUGCUGACAAACAACCUCAGUGGUAGGAGGGCUCCCACAGACCUUCAGAUCUGAACAGCUGUUGGCUUUUA